GCUGCGGGUGGGGAUACCGGAGCCCGGCCCGCUGCAGCAGCAGCGACUGACGGCGCCGGUGUCUCGCCCAAGCGGCGGCUUGUCCGACUCGAUUCGGAUGAGUUUGCGGACGCGGCCCCGACACGGGAGCCUACCAGCAAAGCGCCGCCGCCAUCGUCACGUGAUAAGCCGCAGCCGGUGCGGGAGGGCUCCGAGCAGCCCCCGCUUCCUCCCCCGCAGCAGCAGCAGCAGCCUCCAGAAACUGGCGAGGAGGCGCCUGCCGAGAAGGACGCCGCUGCUGCUGCUGCUGCGGCCAGCGGGGCUGUGGACGCUGGGGCAGCGGAUCAGGCAGGCCCAGCCAAUCCCUGCACUUCCAGCCCGCAGAAGGGGGCAUCCAUCGCAGCUGAUGCUGCCGCGACUUCCGAAGACGCGGGCGGUGCUGCAGGUGCUGGUGCCAAGCGGGCAGUGGGCAGCGGCCGGCCCAAGCCACUACUGAGUGCGGAGCAGCUGGCGAACCGGAAGCUAGCAUCAGCAACCGGCGCAUCCGCUGCUGCCCGGCCCAGCGGACUGGGUGUGGUGCCCACUGCACGGGCCUUACGUGACGUGGUGCAUGGGGCGACGGUGAAGCUGGAGGGACCGCUGCCGGCGCCUGUGGCUGGGGCCAAGACGGGUGCCGCAGCAGGGGCUGCUGCGGGGGCCGCAAAGCAUGGAUCGCAGAAGGCAGCUGCUGGGGGUGCUGCGGCGAAAGCGGACGCAGCUGACGCUGCUGCGGGGGGUCAUGGCGGCGGAGCAUCCGCAGAGGCGCAGGCAGGUGCAGUUGCCGCGCCGCAGCAUGAGGGAGGGGAAGCAGCAGCCACGGCGCCGGCAACGUCGCCAACGGCUGAGGACGCGCAACAGCAGCAUCCUGAGCAGGAGGAGCCACAUGUGGAGGAGAAGCAGCGGCAGGAGCAUGCUGGGGGAGCUGCUGAUGCUGGCACGCAGCAGCCGCAGCAACAGGGGGCUGGCGGCGGCGGCGUCGCCUCCGCCAGCAUCCCCGUCUCGUUGCCCGCCUCCCUGCUGUCCUCGCUGCCUCCGAGCCUCAGCGCCCCGCCCGGCGUCGUCAAGGUCUCCCUGCCCGCACAGGCAGUGGCGUCGCUGCCCGCCCGCACCCCAUCCACGGCUUCCCUGGCCCCAGCGCCGCUAACAUCGCCUGUCGUACAGUCGCAGCCGUACAGCGUGUCCCAGUCGUCGCAGCAGGAGCAGCAGGCGACGGUGGCGGCGCCUGGGUCAGCGCAAGCGCUGCUGACGUCGCCAGCCGCCGCCGCUGCUGCUGGCGGGGCCGCCGCCACCGGCGCUACCACCGCUGCCACCGCAGCAGCAGCGGCAUCAACAGCCACUCCCAUCGUCAGUCUUCCCGCCCGGCCACUGCCGUUUGUGCUGUCCAACCCCGCGCUCGCUGUGCUUCUUCCCAGCAUGCUCGCUUCAGUGCCCACCGCAACUCUCCCCUCGGCCGCUGCUGCUGCUGCUGCGACUACUACCACCACCGUAUCCGCAUCUACCACCAUCACCACCGCCAACACCACAACCACUACUGCCGCCGCCGUCACACUCCCCGCAAACACCUCCACCGCCGCCGCUGCCACCGCCGUCGCCGCCAGUACCACCACGCCCGCGGAGGCGCUCGCCGCCGCCGCCAAGGCCGCCUCUGACUCCGGAACCACGCCCGACAGCGCCAACCUGGACGUCCAGCAGCACCUGAAGAACCUGUUGGGACGCGCCCUUGACGCGCUCACCAACAGCCAGAACUCCAUCAAAUCCACCGCCAACUCGGCAAUCCUGAUGGCCAAGGCGGUGGGGUCGAACCGCGUGGCACGUGGUUUCUUCGACAAGCUGGGCAACCUGGCGGACGAGGUGGCGUUGCUGGCGCCGGAGGGCUGCGCGGGGGAUGCGAGCGGGUGCGAGCGGGUGGAGGCGGUGCUGGCGAGGAGGCUGAAUGUGUUGUUCGUGAUGGAUGCCAUGCUGCACAGGUCCGGGAAGGAGGAGGCCAUCAGCGCCUGGCCCAAGAUGGUCACCUCGGGUCUGCUGUCGUCGUUCCGACUCAAGGCCUUCACGGGGCCGCACCUGAGGUCUGUGCGCAAGGUUAUGGAUGUGUGGAAGAAGCGCAACAUGUUGGACGCGGGUGUUCUCGACAUGGCGGACAAGAUACUGCGGGAGCAGGAGGCGGCGGUGCGGCCCAAGCACCCGCACCCCGCCAGCAGCACUGGGGCAGCAGCAGCCACAGGUGCAGCGGCAGCAGCAACAACAACAGAUGCGGGGGCAGGUGCUGCAGCAGGAGGAGGAGCCGGAGCUCCUGGGGCAGCAGGUGCAGCAACGGCGGCGGCGGCAGGAGCGGGGGCGGAAGGAGGCGCAGCGAGGGAUGUGGGCGGGAUGGCUGGGGGGCAGCUGGAGGAGCAGCGGCAGGGGCCGGGGCAUGCGGGGCUUGCUGGUGCUCAUGCUCGCAGACGGAGACCACACCUGGUCAUCCUGCCGCAACCCGUCGUCAAGGCGCGCUUCCACUACCACAACAUGGAGCACGAGAUGUACGACAUUAACCGUUUCGGACCGUUGACCAACCGCUGCCUGCUGGACAACAUGUACGGCAGCCUGGGAGAUGCGCGGAAUGAGGCUACGGGGGAGCCGCUGGCUAAGCUCCUCGAUGUGGAUCUCACUCAAGACGAGGACGAGCCGGACUUUAUGGGCACCGUGUCAUGGCGUGAGGUGAUUGCUGUACAGUUGCCGCAGUUCAACCCGGACUCUCCCCAGCGCCGCGGCCCGCCCACCGCCUUCGUCACCCCGGCGCACCCGGCACUCGAGGAGCAGCUCAGGAAGGGGCUCACGCCGGGUGGGAGGUUCGGAACUCCCGCGCCGCCGCCGCGGCAGCCGAGCUCCGCCGCCGGUCUGGGUCCGUCAUUUCUUACGCCUCUGCCUGCCGGUUUGGCCGCCGGUGGCGGCGGCGGUUCCGGGCGAGCUGCCGCCGCCGCUGGCGCCGCGUCGGCGCCGCCGGCUGUACGGCCGGGCGGUCCUGCCAUUGUCGGCCUGACUCCGCCAGCCACAGAGCUUGAGGAGUUUGACACAUGGGCGUACGGGGGCGAGGCGACUGGGGCGGCUGCUGCCGCGAACGGCGGCGCCGCUGCGGGCUCAAUGACCGCGCCGCUGCGACCGCCGCGGCCGACGGCGGCAUCGGCCAUUGGCGGCGCCGCCGCGCCGUCGGUCGCCAGCGGCGCUACCAGCGGACGCAGCGGUGCGGAGGAGGAGGGUCAGCCCAACCUGUUUGACAUGCCGGCGGCGCCCAGUCAUGAGGUGGCCUCCACAGGUCGCAGGCCCGAUUGGGACGAUGUGGACAUGGACAUGUCGGAAGAGGGUGAGGUCGACGGCGACGACGAGUGGCAGCCGCCGCUGCCGCCGCAGCCGCAUCCCGACUCGGCGCCGGUGCCCGGACCGCAGCCGCCGCCGCUACCCGCUCCCUCUGCGCCGCCGCACCUUCACAUGCCGCUUCCACCUUCAGCACCCGGUGUCGCAUCCCGGCCGCCGCCGCCGCUACCCGGAAUGCCGCCGCCGCCGCUGUCGAUGCUGCAACCGCGUCCGCCGCAUGGCAUGGUCUUCCCAGACCCUUUAAUGGCGAUGAUGGGCGCGCCGCCGCUGGGCCUGAUGCCGCCGCCGCCGUUCAUGGUGAACGGAAUGGGGCUUCCGCCUGUGCCGCCUCCAGGGUGGCCCACGGGUCAGCCGCCGUUGCCACUGCACCAUCACCCGGUUCCGCCACCCAUGCCGCCAGCGCCGCCGGCGCCAAGCCACCCGCCAGCGCCGCCGGCUCCCAGUCCGCCGGCACCCCCGCCGGAUGCGCACAAGCCCGCUGGCGAGCCGCCGCCGCUGCCGCCGCCGCCGUUGCCUAGCGGAGCUCCGCCACC